CGAGAGAACUGACAUGGCGGAAACUAUUUUGUCAAAUUGUUUUUCUUGAACAUUUUUACAUAUCCAAGGUAAAAUACAUAAAAUCAAGAUGAAUGUAAUACUUGCAGUGAAGCAAUAUAUCUCAAAGAUGAUUGAGGAAAGUGGACCAGGGAUGAAAGUUCUUUUAAUGGAUAAAGAAACGACCAGUAUUGUUAGCAUGGUAUAUGCCCAGUCAGAGAUCCUACAAAAAGAAGUGUAUCUAUUUGAGAGAAUUGAUUCACCCGCUAGGGAAACAAUGAAACAUUUAAAGUGUAUAACGUUCCUAAGGCCUACGAGAGAAAAUGUUGAGCUAAUGGCUGCAGAGCUUCAUCAGCCAAAGUAUGGACUUUACUAUGUCUAUUUCAGUAAUGUGAUAAGUAAACAAGACGUUAAAGUUCUAGCAGAGGCUGAUGAUCAGGAAGUUGUCAGAGAAGUGCAGGAGUUUUAUGGAGACUACAUAGCAGUCAGUCCACAUCUUUUCUCCCUCAAUAUAUUUGGAUGUUGUCAGGGAAGAACAUGGCAGAGCACAGCUUUACAACGAUCAGUUCAGGGUUUGUCAGCUGUAAUGCUUUCCUUAAAGAAAUGUCCCAUGAUUCGUUACCAGAAUUCUUCAGAACCAGCAAAAAGAUUAGCAGAAAAUCUACGGCAACAGAUCUCCAAAGAAGCAGCCUUAUUUGACUUCCGCCAGACUGAUGUUCCUCCUGUAUGUCUAGUGUUGGACAGGAGAGAUGACCCAGUUACUCCACUGCUUAAUCAGUGGACAUACCAGGCCAUGGUGCAUGAGUUAUUGGGCAUAAAUAAUAACAGGGUGGACCUGUCAAAUGUUCCUGGCAUAACUAAAGAUCUACAGGAAGUUGUUUUAUCCUCAGAACAUGACGAGUUCUACGCUAAUAACUUAUAUAUGAAUUUUGGUGAAAUUGGCUCUAACAUUAAAGAUCUAAUGGAAGAAUUCCAGAAAAAAUCAAAAAGCACUUCCAAAGUUGAAUCUAUUGCAGAUAUGAAGGCAUUUGUUGAGAAUUACCCUCAGUUCAAGAAGAUGUCAGGAACUGUAGCCAAGCAUGUGACAGUAGUAGGGGAGCUCUCAAGAUUGGUGGGGUCCAAGUGUAUACUGGAAGUGUCUGAGGUUGAACAAGAACUUGCCUGUCAGAAUGAUCAUUCCAACUCAUUACAGAAAAUAAAAUCUGUUCUAGCCAAUGACAAAGUGAGUGAUCUAGACAAAGCAAGACUGGUGAUGUUGUAUGCAUUACGUUAUGAGAGGCAUAGUAAUAAUGAUGUAUCCGGACUAUUAAAUGCUCUUGCUAAAAAGGGUGUGAAUGAACGCUACAGACGGAUGGUCCAUUCAUUGUUGGAAUAUGGCGGCCAGAAAGUUCGGAGUAGUGAUCUGUUUGGUACAGAAAACCCAAUAGCAUUUACUAAGAAAUUCUUCAAGGGUUUAAAGGGUGUUGAGAAUGUGUACACACAACACAAGCCAUAUGUGAUAGAACUACUGGAUGAUAUAAUCAAAGGGAAGCUAAGAGAAGCCAGUUAUCCAUACCUGGGCACUAGUCAACUGAAGGACAGACCACAAGACAUUGUAGUGUUUAUAAUUGGAGGCACAACCUAUGAGGAAGCGUAUGCAAUCCACAAAUUAAACAGAGAGACGCCAGGGGUGAGGGUUGUUCUCGGAUCCACUUCUAUACAUAACACAAAAAGUUUUUUUGAUGAAGUAUCCCAAGUUGUACAGUUAAGUCAACCACAACAGUCUAGGGGUGGGGCAAGAUUAAAACAUUUUUAGACCCCAUUUAUGAGAUUAGAUGUCAUCAGCCUCAUCAACUAUUCACCUUGCUUGGAUCUAUAAAAGCAUUGAAACCAAAGCUUGCUUGGAUCGUGUGUCAUAGACUGUCCAGUAUGCUUUUAAGGAUGUCAACUAAGCUUCCAGUCUCAUUUAUAAAAUGGAACAUUUCUCCAAAGAUCAAUUGAUGGAUUAUGGAAAAAAUAUUCAUACACCAAUAUUUAUGGAAUUGUAUCUGUUCCAUCAGAGGCCUUUUGAUAUAGCUGAGAUACUACAUCAACAAGUAGAGCUACAGUGACAUUGUGUCAGAUACGUAUGCAUCUGUUUAUUUCACAUGCACUUACAUGUAGCAAAUUGUAUGUAAAUGAAAAACCUAUUUAUUUUAACAUGCAAUUUUGGGCUACAUACAUCCAUGUAUCAAAGAAAUGGAGUCACGAGACAGAAGAUAUAUUGUUGAAUAUAUUUAAUAUAACUACCCUGUACAUAUUAACUUAGAAUUGGGCUCUUUGAAUAAAAAUAACAGUUUUGAGGUUCCCAAUUUAUAAUUAAAAGUGGUCAUAUCUGUACAUUAAAGAGCAUGUUAAUAGGACUUCCGUGCAUUGAUCAAAUUGUGCAAUAAAACGUGCAUUAAUAAAUAUAAUUGGUAUUUAUUUAUUUUAUAUUUGUUUAAUAACUGACUCACUGAAUCCUAGCAAUGGUAGCACUCCACAUACGCAUGGGGUUUUAACAACAAAUUCAGGAAAAAAUAAAGCAAAGUAAUUUUCUCAA